UAUAAAUCAUGUUGUUACAGUGACGUACUUUAUUUUGUUACUAGAAAAAGAGCUCUACAUAAUGGAAAUAAAAAUGAAAUUGAAGAUGUUGAUAUUUCUAUCAUUUGUGACAACAAUUUCAACCCAGCGGGAAGAGAAAUUUAAAGAUAGUAAUGAAAAGACCACAGUGCUUGGAGAAAAAACAAGGAAUACACAGGACAGAAUACAUGGACAUGAAAAGGAGAUAAAUACAAAUGGAAAAAUGGGUAGAAAUGGAAGAAUCGGAGCACGUAUAUCAACAGGAGGCAUUAAAUCAAAAUAUCGACGCAGAAAAACUUCAGAUCUCCUGGCAAAGGGGAAGUUUCGAUCACGUGGUAUCAAAACAUACGGUGUAGUUUCAUCUGAAUAUGAACAUUUUCUAAUUGAAGAGAAGUUGGAUAAAUAUGGUCGAGCGAAACCUGUGAGAUCAAAAUUCAAAAAUCGUGGAAAACAAAAGAAAUAUUCUAAAAAGAUUGCUGACAAUCGAUUCCUUAUUAAAGGUGGUUUGAUUCAAGAGAAGAAGCACAAAAAAUAUGGUCUUUAUCACGCAAAUGGUAGCCAUGUGACUCUCAGUCUUCAACUUGAAAAUAAUAGGGGUAGUAACAAUAGAUCAUCAGAGGGCUCAGCCAGACAUAACGAUAAACAAGAGAAUAAUACAGCAAUAGCUAAAACCAGCGAGAGCAGGUCGCAAAGACAUGCAGUUUCUGCAAAAUAGAAAAUUUUAUUAUAUCAAAAAAACUGUGUUUGACUUUGAAUUUAGCAGACCAUAAGUUAGCUGAUAUUUAGACGAACAAAAAAUAUAAUAGGAAAAUAAACUUCCUUUUUAUUCCAUAUAUUACAAUUAAACUAACCACAUUUCCGAAAAACUAGCAUAGAGAAAACAAAGAUGGUUUGAACUGGAUGAGUUCAUUUCAUACGAUCGUUCACACAGACUGACAUGAGGAUAAAUAGUGGAAAAGCAAAGCAAAGUGGCGACGAUCAAUGAACCAACUCAAUUUGAUGAGACAUUACUAACUAUUUCUAAUCGGACAGAAAUAAUCUAGAUAUGCGCUAAAUGAAGUAGGCGAUACACACAUACACUCAAACAGAAUCAUUCGAGUUUAUAAAUGAAAUAACAGUUAACAAAGUCACAAUUCAUGUGAAUACUGACUCAAGGAAAUAUUAAGUUGUUUAUCUAAAAGCUAUAACAAGUUAUCAAUUUAUAACUCAUUAUUCCACACCCGGUGACAUAUCGGCCGCCAUUUGUAUUUCUUUCAAAUAAUCCUUUUUUCAUAGCUAUACACGUCAAUACGCUUUUAUUUAU